GCGUGUUGCUUUUAUUUUUAUUUUUCAAAUAAUUGAGUAUCAAAGCGAGGAAUAAUUGAACAACUGGAAUGUAGCGUAAUUUAUGAUGAUCAUAUACAAGUGAGAGAGAUUCAAGCAGAACCAAAACAGAUCGAUUGCAUAAACAUCUGAGGUCAUACAGCACACUCGAUUUUAAGUAAUUCUAGUUGAUCUCAAUCAGGAUGAGUGCAUUUACGUUGGCCAUUUUCAAGCCACAUCUGUUGAAGAAUCCUGUAGCUUAUGGAGCUGUCGAAAAACUGAUCGAAACAAGCGGCAUACGAAUAGUGACUAGAAAACAACUGCAGCUGAGUGAACCACAGGCACAACAAUUCUAUCGGGAUCACGAAGGAAAAUUCUUUCACCGGCGGCUGAUUGCGCUGAUGACCAGUGGUCCACUGGAAGUUCUAAUACUGACCGGAGAGAAUGUGAUAACUCGAUGGAGGGAACUCAUGGGCCCGACGAAGGUUUUGAAAGCAGUGUACUCACAUCCGGAUUGUGUUCGAAGUUUAUUUGGACUUUCUGAUACCAGGAAUGCUAGCCAUGGUUCCGAUUGCUGCCGUUCCUGCAUUCAAAUUUUAGCAAGUAAUAAAUACCGCUUCAAUCAUGUACAAUUUACUAAUUUAUUUUACGAUGAUCGUAUGUCUCUAGCAGCAAUUCAACUUAUCAGCACGGACGCACAUCUCUCACCCGAUAAGUUGAGAAUUAUAUGGGGUCGAAAAAUUGAAGAGGAAUAGGAAUACUAGUAGUAGCAGAAUGUAAGGGUGCGGGUGAGCAAGGACAUGAUUACCCUACCGUAGGUAGAAUUGAAUAUCUGUCGCAGGUGUCUGUUAUCAGAAGAAGCGAACAACAAAGAAACCUUCACGAUGGAACUCUGGCGAGAUAGAGCGUUGGUGCAACAAUUGUUUCGGAAGAGCAAAUUAGAAGUAUGACUCGGAAUAACCGACAACAAUGUAGAUGACGAAAUAAGGGUAUUGAAAGUUCGACACAUGGAACUGCAAAUCGCUUGGCUUCGUAGGGUGCGAUCGAAUAAUGCAUAACAUGCUGCAAAAUCGCAACUUCGGUGUUGUUGCACGACAAGAUCUUUGUGGCACAUAAAAUGUUCUAGGAGCUGGCUUCAUAGUUUAUUUGUUAAAAUAAUUCAUCUGACAAAUAAUUAUUAACACGAAGUAUAAACGGUCAAUUUAUAAGAAAGAAACACUUUACAAUGUCUGCUUAAACUCAUACGAUGGUUCUCUAAAUUCGAAUUGCUGAACUUUCGAAAACGCUCUAAUACAUCCUGUUAAAGACUUUUCCAGAAAGUAUGGACGCAACCAAAAACCGCUACCAUUUCGCAAUGGUUCAGAAUCUGUCAAUUUUUAUGGCUGCGUCCUGUUGUUUACACUCUUCUCUAACCACUUGUGCAGUUGUUCAUUCGUUUUCAUUAGUUUGUUUCGAAAUGCGUGGACUUUUAGCAGAACAACGUCGAAAAAUUGUGUACAAAUGGUGCACAGAACGCGGACUGUCACUGAGAAAGAUAACAAAAAUGGAAGGAGUAAGUGAAAAUGCCGUGCGAAAUGCAAUUCGGAAGUUCGGUGAAGAUAACACCUUUGAGGAUAAACCGAAAACGGGUCGAAAAACAGGUCCUGCUAACCCUCAGUUGGAUAAACGUAUACUGAAGGCGUUCGAGCAAAAGAAGGAGGUUUCAGUUCGGGAUGUGGCCAAGAAAGUGGGCACUUCGAAGUCAAAUGUUCUUCGUGCUAAAGAACGUUUGAAUCUUCGAGCUUAUAAGAAGCAGAAACAACCAAAACGUAGUUCGAAACAAGAAGCAUCGAUCAGGCCGAGGGUUCGAAAGCUGUACAAUUCGAUUCUUACUGGAAAUUUGAACUGCAUAAUCAUGGACGACGAAACCUACGUGAAACUCGAUUACAAAUCCUUACCGGGAUCACAAUAUUAUACGGUGCAAGAAGGGCAAGUGUUAAACCAGUCCGAGACAUCGAUUGAAGUCGAAAAAUUUGAUUCGUUGUCUUCUUUCCACACCGAGGCAGCGAUAUUCUUUCCGGAUCAGAACUUCACAUCGGAUGAAGGCGAGCAUCAGUCGUAAUUUUGAGCGUCAUCAAUAAGAGUUCUGAAGCGAUUUUCAUCUAAGUCAUCAUCAAGGUAAUCUGGUUGAUCCAUUCAUCCGGUGUUGUUAACAUGACGAACAACGUAUAAAAGCAAUAUUCAAUCAA